UGAGGCCAUCCUCGAGUGUCGAGGGCCCCUUCGCACUUCACUAAUAGCAGGAGCAAACAGAACACAAAACCUUCAACGGCAGAAUCAUAGCUGGAUGCUCCUCCUCCUCCUCCUCCUCCUCCUCCUCCACUUUCCUUCUCUCGACCCUUUCCCUCUCCCUUUCUUCUCUUUCAAAAAGGCAAGCAGAGAGACGCCACAAAAUGUCAACCUCCACCUCCAUCACAAUAUUAUUAUUCUUCAUCUUAUCCUACGCACCCGCCCUCCACUUCUCCUCCACCUCUUCUCCUCAUAACCGUAGGAUCCUGCACCAACCAUUCUUCCCUGAAGGCUCCAUUCCUCCCACCGAACCUCCAUCUUCCUCCCCACCUUCCCCGCCAUCUUCAACAACUCCCCAAAUCCCAUUUUCCACUUCUACCCCUAACCCACCCCCCUUUUUCCCUUCCUACCCUUCUCCUCCACCCCCUCCUUCUCCUACCACAUUUGCAUCUUUCCCUGCCAACAUCUCCUCUCUUAUCCUCCCCCAGUCUUCCAAGCCCAAACCCACUUCCCAAAAACCCCUCCUCGUCGCCAUCUCUGCAGUCAUCUCAGCUCUCAUUGUCUUGUCCAUUACUAUUAUCGUUUACUACGCUCGUCGCCGGAGAAACCGCAGUAACUUCUCCGAUGGCAAGACUUACACUGGAUCCAAUAUCAGCAACAGAAAUGCAGACACGAGAGUAAUUGGGACUAGUAAUAACAGCUAUAAACUAUCAAUUACUUCAACUAGUUCCAACUUUCUCUACAUGGGCACUUUAGUAAAUUCAACGAGGCUAGACGAAAGCUCCGAUGGGUCGGACCGUCGGAAACUGGAGUCCCCGGAGCUCCGGCCGCUUCCACCACUCAGCAAGGAGAAUUCCACGCAGAAGUAUGGAAAUGGAGAAGUUGGGUAUAUUAGUACUACUACGACUAAUAGCAGGGAUGGGCGUGAGGAGGAGGAGGAGGAGGAGUUUUACUCACCGCGAGGAUCUUUAGGCGGUAGAGACAGCCCCAGCGGGACAGGAUCCGGGUCUAGAAGAGUGUUUGCUGCUGCUGUAGGUUUUGAUGAAAAAAGUAUUGAUUCUUCGAGCUCGUAUUCGUCUUCCACUUCAGCUUCUCCUUCUCGGUCCCAGUCUCUCAGUAUAUCACCGCCACUAAGUUUGACUUCCACACCAAAAUCACACACUCUAUUUGCUGCUCAAUCACAGCCGCCGCCACCACCACCAAUGAUGGAUGUUGAUAAUGAGAGGAAAUCUCCUUCUUCGGCUUCAUCUCCAGAUGUUUCGCCUAGAAAUGUGCUGUCUUCGGCUUCUACUUCUCCUAGAGUAUCGCAUCGAAACAAUGUGCUUAUGCGGUCUCCAUCUUUAUCUCCAGCUAGAAUAUUGAAUAACAAUUUGUCCCAAAAUACACCGUCCAGUUCACCAUCUUCAGUUUCUUCUUCACCUGGUAGAGCACUGAACGAUUCAGCUCCAUUUAACGCGCAGUCUCCGUCCUUGUCCUCUGUUUCUACAUCACCUGGCAAUGGAGUUUUGGAGAAGACCCCGCCCCUCAUAAUAUCAUUUGGUUUGGAUCAAACUGCUCAGUCUCCUUCACUGUCCAUUGCUUCUACUUCACCAGAAAGAGGUCUCGAGAAGAGCCCACCUCCAUCUCCAAUAGUUUCAAAUGUUUUGGGUCGAAUUCAGAUGAUGUUUCCUUCAUUGUCAGCAUCCAAGAGCUCAUUUUCAUCUACCAGAAUUUCGUAUGUUUCGGAUCAUGAUAAGAUGUCUCCUACAUUAUUAUCUUCAGCUUCUUCUUCGCCAGAUAUAAAGAGCCCAGAUGCAUCACCAAGAAUGACUUCUAGUGUUUUAGGUCUAAAUGCAAGAAUUAGUAAUGUUUUGGAGCAGCCUACGUCAGGUCCUCCACCACCACCACCACCACCACCACCUCCUCCUCCUCCUCCUCUAUCAAUACUGCAACCACAGAGACAAUGGGAAGCUCCCAGUGUUGAUGCAUCAUCCACACCAACAGACCAACCAAUUUCAAAGCCCCCAGCUCUUAUACCGCCCUCAAGGCCUUUCGUAUUACAAAGCACAACCAAUUUGUCGCCAAUUGAGUUGCCACCUAGUUCUAAAACAGUUGAGGAUGCCGAGGAAACUCCUAAACCAAAGCUCAAGCCCUUGCAUUGGGACAAAGUUAGAGCAAGCUCUGAUCGCGAAAUGGUGUGGGAUCAUCUCAAGUCUAGCUCUUUUAAAUUGAACGAAGAAAUGAUUGAAACACUGUUUGUUGUCAAAACACCAAAACCAAAGGCAACUACUCCUAAUUCAGCUAGUCCAACAACUAGCCGAGAGAACAGGGUACUUGAUCCCAAAAAGGCACAGAACAUUGCAAUUUUGCUCAGGGCACUCAACGUGACAAUUGAGGAAGUCUGUGAAGGCCUUUUAGAAGGUAAUGUUGAUACUCUUGGAACCGAACUUCUAGAAAGUUUAUUGAAGAUGGCUCCUACCAAAGAAGAGGAGCGUAAACUGAAAGAAUACAAAGAUGGUUCUCCAACGAAGCUUGGUCAUGCUGAGAAAUUUUUGAAGGCAGUGCUUGAUGUGCCUUUUGCAUUUAAACGAGUGGAUGCAAUGCUUUACGUAGCCAAUUUUGAGUCCGAGGUUGAGUACCUCAAGAAGUCCUUUGAAACUCUAGAGGCAGCCUGUGAAGAGCUGAGAAAUAGCAGGAUGUUUUUUAAACUUUUAGAAGCCGUGCUCAAGACAGGGAACCGCAUGAAUGUUGGCACUAACCGGGGUGAUGCCCAUGCCUUCAAGCUUGACACGCUCCUUAAGCUUGUUGAUGUCAAGGGUGCAGAUGGAAAGACCACACUCUUGCAUUUUGUUGUGCAGGAAAUUAUAAGAACGGAAGGUGCUCGUCUUUCUAGUACCAACCAAACUCCAAACUCCAUUUCCAGUGAAGAUGCCAGGUGGAGGAGGCUUGGCCUGCAAGUUGUUUCUGGUCUUAGUUUAGAGCUCACCCAUGUGAAGAAAGCAGCUGCUAUGGAUUCUGAUGUGCUUAGCAGUGAUGUCUCCAAGCUUUCUAGAGGCACUGAGAAUAUCAGUGAGGUGGUGCGAUUAAUUGAAAAACUGGGGAUGGUGGAAAACAAUCAGAAAUUUUCAGAGUCAAUGACAAUGUUCAUGAAAAUGGCUGAGGAGGAGAUUAUAAGGAUUCAAGCCCAAGAAAGUGUUGCUUUAUCGCUAGUAAAGGAGAUCACAGAGUACUUCCAUGGUAAUUCAGCCAAGGAAGAGGCUCACCCUUUCAGAAUCUUCAUGGUGGUGAGAGACUUUCUAAGUGUCCUUGAUCGUGUCUGCAAAGAAGUUGGCAUGAUAAAUGAGCGAACAAUUGUUAGUUCUGCCCUUAAAUUUCCAGUUCCAGUAAAUCCAAUGCUUCCGGUUCCUGUAAAUCCAACGCUGCCACAGGUUUUUUCUGGAUCCAAUGCAAGCAAACAGUAUAAUUCCUUUGAUGACGAGAGUGAAUCACCUUAAUAUUUGUGGCUCCGGUUCUAUCAGGGUAAACUUAUUGUUGCAUUUAGCCAGAAAAUGCCUAUGGUAGGUGAACUGGGCGGGUUGGGGUCAUCAUGGACCGGAAGCUGCCUUGCCUGAUUUCUGUAAUUUAUUUCUCUUCUGUGUAUAAAUCCAUGACAAAGAUUUUGUAACUUGCUUGUCAUAUAGAUAGUAUACGAGGAGGUUUUCUUGUGCAACAAGGCAAUAUGCUGACUCGCUGUCAACAAUGGCAAUAUCAUGUAAGCUUGUCAGAAAACUUCAAUUAUAGGAAAGCUGCUGAGUUUAUACAA